CUGUUUUGUUUUUCCCCUCUGCAGCGCUCCAAGCACAGCAAAGUCCAUCUCCAUCCCUGGACGGGAACACACCCUGCAGCUGGACUGCAAAGGGGAGGGGACGGCCGAGGGAACCGGGCCAGCUGGAGGGGUUUCUCUGGGCCGGGCCUCCAAGCCUCGGCCUUCCAUCAUCAGCUCGGGCCUGCUGGACGAGUCCGAGCCGAACCAGAACCAGUCCGGUGCGGCAGAAAUCUUCCAGUCCGGCCAUUCUCGUAACUCCAGCUACGCCAGCCAGCAGAGCAAAAUCUCAGGCUACAGCACCGAGCACUCCUGCUCCUCCAGCCUGUCGGACCUCACGCAUCGCAGGAACACCUCGACAGGAAGCAGCGCCUCCGGAGGCCUCUGCUUCACCGCCGACCAGCCACCAGAGGGCGACAAGGACGCUGGACGUCCGGAGAGACCCCCCCGCCCCCCGCGGCCCGUUCUGCCCCCAAGCCGACCCCUGAGGAGGAAGCAGGACUCGGUGGAGAGUCACCCCACCUGGGUCAACGACACCCGCAUCGAUGCCGACGACAUCGUGGAGAAAAUCGUCCAGAGUCAAAACUUUGCAGAUAUCAACCACACCGAAGACAGCAACCUGCGCCUGUUUGUCAGCAGAGACGGAACCACGGCGCUCAGCGGCAUCCGACUGGGAAACAGGGUUUCUGCCGGCGGCUACGAGCCGGUGGUGAUCGAGAGCCACUAACCGGCCGCCUGCUGUCUCACUGGUUUUACUGGAGCUUCAGCUGGUCUGACGCCAUGAGAGGAAAGCCUAUGUCCGUUUGCACUUUAUGUCCAGUUCGUUGCAGCGUUGGCCUGCGCUCUGUUAAAGCUGUAUCUUUGUGAUGUUGAAGGGAAUGCACAAAAUGCUCCUCAUUGUGUGUGAAUAUGUUGCAAGGAUUUCCAAUGAAGACGUUCAGAGGUUUCAGACAUCAUUUUGUCUGCAGCUUGUUGUUAAAACUGAAAGACGGUAAAUAAGAUCAGAAAAGGUCAAGAGAGGAACAAUCGACUGUUUAACAGAAUAGGAAAAAACAGCCACCAAAACAUUUUAUUUACCUGUCGACAACUUUCUCUAAUUUUUUGUGUUUAAUAAAUCAGGAGUGCAGCUCUGUGACCCGAUCAGGGAAAACAUCA